AUGAGAUGGCAUGGCAUGAAAAACAACCAUGAGGGACAAUCAACAAGUAUGUUGUCAACUCGUAUCGGGGCUUUAGGGGCUAUCCCCUGUGCUAUUUCCUGGCUCUACAAGGGAAUUGCUGACCGAAGGCAACGAUCAGGAGCCAGGUUCAGCGUACGUGUCAGCGCCAUCGGACUUUCGCCUGCACAUGGAUCCCCUCCUUGUGAUUUACUAUCGGCGCACGCCACUGAAUCUGACGAAUCUCCCGGUGUAUAUUUACGAGAAGAAUUAUUGGGAGGUCCAACGGAACUUCGAGCUCCGACUGCUGAAAGGGCUGCUCUUUUUUUGGACGCUGCUUUAGCCAGCAGAUCACAACAUCAACAACAAAAUCAGCAAAGUUCGGGCCAAGAUCCUGCCCUGCUUUUUACCCUGCACGUGUAUCAGUAUAGUCUUGCUGGAAAAGGAGGAGUUGCUGGUGGUAGAAGUCGCCUACACUUGAUAGACCUCGGAUCCUGCGCAGGUCGCGGGUCUCGUCUGCCCUUAUCAGGGCUGAGCAAUGUACUUCUGGCUGUUUUGAGUGGCCAACGUCAUCCACCUCACAGAGAUCAUCCUCUGACACCUCUGCUAAGGGAUUGUCUACAACCCUUAUCUUGCAGAGUGACGGUUCUGGCUCACGUGGCACAUUCUCAGUGUCACAGUGACGCUCUGACUACUGUCCAGAUUGCUUCAAGGGUUCAUAGGAUGAGGAGGAGGCGUGUUUUAAAACAAGUCAAUUGCACAACGUCUGACGAUCACAAACAGCAAAGUGAACCUGAUCCAUCAAGCAGCGAUUUGUCUGCAGAUACUGUGAUUUAUUUAGGACCUGUUGAUGAAGCUACUGAUGGAGAACAUCCACCUGUAUAUUUACCUGGUAUCAAUUCAGGAGAUAAUAGAUGCGCUAUGGGAAAGGCUUUGCGAGGAUCUGGUGCAGAAAUAAAAUUAUCUAGGUUACCGCCUACACAUAAGAAAGUGACUUCGUCACCUGCAAAAUCUUCACCCGCCAAAAAGAAUGUCCAAAAAGAACAAGUUUUAAGUAGUCCUGCAAGAAGUAGUCAUAAAGGUAGCGAAGAACAGUGGAUCGAUGGGCCGAGGGUGUCCAAAUCAAAAGUUGCUGAAGCUAGGUGCAUGAUGAAAUUACACUCCGACCAGAUCAAACAACACGAAACUUGGAUAGACGGUCCAGCGAUUAAACUGCCAGUAACGCAUUCAACUGGCGGUUAUGGUUUUAUGGACAGCCACAAAAAAUCCAUGAUACGACAAUGGGUCCAAAAUUCGACUUCACAAUUGCAGAGUAAACGUACGCCUACUAGAUCAUAUUUACCUACCCCAACUAGUCUACCUAUUGCAAAUCAUGAAGAGAUGUUAGAAAUUGAAGUUACGGAGAAGAAAACAAAAAUUGAAGAAAGUGUUGUGAAAACUGGUCUUCGCGAGAUGAAACCAAGUGAUGCUAUCAAUGAGCAAGUUGAUGAGGAAGAUAGUAGUGAGGAAGGACCUUCAGAAAUUCCUCCUGCGUUGGAACUAAUCAGGCCUUUAUCUACAGAUAGUUUGAAUGUUUGCAACACGCAAGACUCUUGUUUGCAAGUGACUGAAGAUGACAUUGCAAGAUGUAUGUCGGUAAAAGAUCAUCCUUUGAGUGCUUUGAGUUUUAGUGAUGUCACAGCUGUGUCUAGUUUCAAUGGUAUUUAUGAUACCUUCAGCGAGUGUGAUAUAGAUGAAAAUUCUAGAAGGCAUUUUGAUCAACUAGCCAAAUUACGAGAACUUUUCCAGUCCCAACUGGCAAUGGCUGAAGUUACUCCACAUUAUGGAGCCAGCAGUGUUUAUAGUGAACCAGUAUAUAGAAGAGCUGACGGCAACGGCAGUGUUUACAGCGAACCUGCAUACAGAAUGUACGGAAAAUCAGAAUCCAAACCAGAUCUAGUGAUUGAUCUAAAUAUGGCAAAUGAACUGUGCAAUCUUAGACAACCAGACGGCGCAUCUGAUCCUAAUAUAAAUGAAGACUUAUCACUGCCAAUUGUGAGCUUGGUAUCAGUAGAUGCUCCAGAUGUCAUUUGCUCUUCGUCUGCCAUCAUAGUACCAGUCCAGCAACAAGAACUGUAUGACAGUGGUCACGAGUCUACUCCAAGGGCUUCUAAACAUUCCGGUAUUUCCAGAAGAGCGGAAAGCGGUUACGACAGUGUGGCUUCUAGUAGUGUGGUCAACGCAAAUAUGAGUUACCAUAAAACUCCGAAAAAUACCAAAGUGAAAUGUAAAUACCAAGGUGAUAAUAAAUCUUUUUGUAGCUGGCUGAGGAAUCCAUUUACCUGCGCGAAUCCUGAGACUGAUGCUGAAGUGAGCGAUUUUUAA